UUGUCCUCUGAUUGGGCGUCUCCCGUGAAGCCGGAACCCCAAAAGAGCGGGUCUGGUGAGUUUUGUUUGUGCGACGCCCUCUCCUCACGGUGCAGAGGUCGCCCGGAUCUCCGAGGCGACUCCACCUGCACUGUUGGAAACGACACACCGGCGCGUUGGGUGUCACGGCUGCUCAGCACCCACGUCAUGGACCACUGCCUCGGAUCCGCACAGUUCACCUACAGGCGGUGGAGGAACCCCGAGCAACGGGGUGAGGCGUCGUCCGGGGGUCACUGCGAUGAGUCCCUGGGCACAGACAACGAGACCUGCACCGUGACCACUGUCCCGUCGGCAGCACCCAGCAGUGGACCUGAUGGAACUGGAGAAACCUUUACGGUAGAAGAUGCGCUGGAAGUCAUCGGUUUCGGAGCGUUCCAGUGGAAAAUGUCUCUCCUCACCGGACUGUCAUGGAUAGGAGACGCCAUGGAGAUGAUGAUCCUCAGCAUCCUGGGGCCCCAGCUGCACUGUGAGUGGAGGCUGCCCAGCUAUAAGAUGGCUCUCUUAACAUCGUGUGUUUUUUUCGGGAUGGGGAUCAGUUCUCCCUUAUGGGGGAAUUUGUCCGACAAGUACGGCAGAAGAGUUAGUCUGACCAUCUGCAUGUGCUGGACUCUGCACUACGGCCUGUUGAGCGCCUUCGCUCCAGCGUACGGCUGGCUCUUGGUCCUGCGGGCCCUCGUGGGCUUUGGUCUCGGAGGAACUCCUCAGUCGGUGACGUUCUACUCAGAAUUCCUCCCAGCAAAGGCGAGAGGCAUCUCCAUCAUGCUGAUUGCGAGUUUCUGGGCAGUUGGCACUGUGUUCGAGGUCCUCCUGGCCCUGUGGGUGAUGCCCACUCUCGGCUGGCGGUGGCUGCUCGGCCUGUCCACUUUACCGAUGGCGAUCUUCGUUUGCUUUUGCUUGUGGCUGCCUGAGAGUCCUCGUUUUGACGUGCUGUCGGGGAAAAGAGAAAGAGCCGUGGGAACUUUAACAUCCAUCGCCAAACAGAAUGGCACGGCCAUGCCCGCAGGGAAGAUGAUAGCUUAUAAACAGAAUGACCGUGGUCGGAUCAAGGAUCUCUUCACUCCACAGUAUCGGAAGACUACUCUUCUCCUGUGGUUUAUAUGGUUUGCAAAUGCCUUCUCCUACUACGGGAUAGUCCUCUUGACAACUGAGAUGUUCCAAGCUGGGGACUCGUAUGGGGCGUCCCAAGGGGCCAAGAUCGACCCGAGCUGUAGUCUGGAAUGCAAAUAUUUGACAUCGGCUGACUACAAAGACCUUUUAUGGACAAGCUUGGCUGAAUUCCCAGGUCUCAUCGUUACCCUUCUGGCAGUCGAGUGUAUUGGCAGGAAGAAGAGCAUGGCUCUGUGUUUCUUCAUGUUUUCUCUGUGCAUUCUGCCCUUAUAUGCUUGUAUUGGGAGGACGGCUCUUACAAUCUUCAUCUUCCUUGCCAGAGCCUUCAUCGCUGGAGGAUACCAAGUUGUUUUUCUUUACACACCAGAAGUGUUUCCUACAGAAACCAGAGCCAUAGCAAUGGGGACUUCCAGUGCGAUGUCCAGGUUGGGUGCUCUCAUCACUCCCUUUGUGGCACAGGUGAUGCUCAGAACGUCAAUGUAUUUGACCCUGUCGGUGUACUGUGGCUGUAGCGUGCUGGCCGGCUUCGCCUCCUUGCUCCUGCCCAUUGAAACGUUAGGCAGGGGUCUGCAGGAGUCCGGUCAUGAUGAGGAGGCCAGAGGGCAGGCGAGCGCCACUGCCAGUCAUACUCGUCGCACCUGACGAAAUCAUACUGUAUGAGCGCUGAUGGGUGAAGAGCGGCGGAGGACAAUCGCAUCACAAGCAGCCAGUGAUAACCGAGGAUACAGGCUUACUACUGCCCGUGCAAUGACAGCGGGAGCGUUCUCACGUUCUGAUUGGUUCGUUUCUCUACUCUUUCGUUUAAGCCACGGAGGCAAGUGGCGGACAUUUUUGGAAAAUGAUGACACCCUGAUGUGCAGGCUCUGCUUCCAGCUACACAUUUCAAACUUUGCCCGUCAAGAAGUGGAAAAGUUUAAUUUAUACAUUGUGGAUAAAGAUUAUUUCAUACGAAUGUUUUUUUGAAAAUUUUAUUAAAGCUGUUCAAUCUGUUUAA